CGCCGAUGACGUCAUUUCAUUGAGCUGUUUAAGAUGGCGCUUCGGCCCGGAACAGGGGGAGGCGGCAGUUUUAUGUACCCUGUGGGAGGAGGUAUUGGCCCACCGCAAGGAAUGAUGCCCAUGCAGCAGCAACAGCAGCAGGGCUUCCCCAUGGUUCAGGUCAUGCAGCCCAACAUGCAAGGCAUGAUGGGAAUGAAUUUUGGAGCACAGAUGCCUGGUGCCAUGCCAAUGCAGGGUGGGAUGGCAAUGGGAAUGCAGACUCCCGGGAUGCAGUUCAUGGGUCAGCCUCAGUUCAUGGGCAUGAGGGGCCAGGGGCCACAGUUCCCUGUGGACAUCCAGAAGCAGAUGGCGGAGGAGCAUCAAAAACGUCUGGAGCAGCAGCAGCGGAUGCUGGAGGAGGAUCGAAAGAGAAGACAGUUUGAGGAGCAGAAACAGAAACUGCGUCUACUGAGCAGCGUCAAACCCAAAACUGGGGAGAAGAGUCGUGACGAUGCCUUAGAGGCCAUCAAAGGAAAUCUGGAUGGGUUCAGCAGGGAUGCCAAGAUGCAUCCAACACCGUCUUCACAGUCUAAGAAACCAGACUCAUCGCCAUCUCAUACCUCUGUCACCUCUCAUUCGCUUCCUCCUGCUUUCCCCGAUGACGACGAUGAGUUUAGUGACUUUGUGCAAGGCCCCGUUGAUGCCUCCUCUUCUUUCCCCACUUCAUCCCUCCCUCCGUCCUCCCCUUCACUAAGAGCCGCUCAAGUUAGCCAGCCAUUAGAGUUGGGGCCUGGCCAGCAUCCCCCUUCAUCUCCCCUUCCUCACACUGUCCCUUCAUCUCUCUCUGUCUCACCUGUCAUCCAACACUCUUCUGUCAUCUCCAGCUCCCAAACUGCAUUCCAAGGCCCUUCUCUGGAGGAGAAGAUGUUCUCAUCAUGCGAUUUGACAUCUGAUAAGAAGGCCCAGGUUAGUUUUAAGCCACGACAGGCUCUGUCUGAGCUGAGUCCGAGAGCUCAGGUCACAGCCCAGUUUCACAGCAGUGCCAGAUCCCGAAACUGGGCCCAAACCCAAGAUGACUUCAAUUCAGCCUUCAUGACAGGGAUGCCUCCUGAGCCUCUCGCCGCAGCUCAGUCGCCCCCUGUGGCAGACAGCCCGCCUGUCCAGCCCACUAAUGUCAGCGGCGUAGGCGUCUACCCCCAACAAGACCUGCAACCCAUGGUGCCAGCCUGGUUGUACAAUGACUCGCUCAUCCCAGAGUUGUUCAAGAAGGUCCUUGACUUCACCAUGACACCAGCAGGCAUUGACACAGCCAAACUCUACCCAAUUCUGAUCUCAUCGGGUCUGCCACGAGAAGCACUUGGACAGAUCUGGGCCUUGGCCAACCGAACCACACCUGGCAAGCUGACCAAGGAAGAGCUGUACACCGUGCUGGCUUUGAUUGGAGUCGCCCAGAGUGGUCUUACAGUCAUGAGUUUGGACAUCCUGGGUCAGUUCCCCUCCCCGCCUGUGCCCAAUCUACCCGCCAUGGCUAUGGCUAUUAAUGCUGUCCUGCCUCAGCACCAGCAGCCUAUCAUGACCCAGCCACCCGUGUCCAUGGCCAUGCCUGUCACUGCGCCACCUGUCAUGGGAAUGACCCCUAACCCGGCUGCACAACCACCAGCCACUUUCAUCACCAACUUCCCUCCAGUUCAGGCUACCAAGCCUGAUGACGAUGAUUUCCAGGACUUCCAGGAAGCCCCCAAAGCUGGAGAUGACUCAUUCACAGAUUUCCAAGGAGAGACAGGGGGAGUGUUCCCCAGCAUGAAAUCAUCAUCCCAGAGCUGUGUUCCUGCCAUGCUCACUCCAGUGUCAGGAUCUUCAUCCUCCUCCUCCUCUGAUAAAUAUGCAGUGUUCAAACAGCUGUCAGUGGAGCAGCCUGCAGAGCCCACAGCCCCUGUCUCAGAUUCAGGGGACAAAUACAGUGUUUUCAGAGAGCUUGAGAAGCCUUCAGACAGAAAACCAGCUGGGGAGGGAUUUGCUGAUUUCAAGUCUGUCAGUGCCGACGAUGGCUUUACAGACUUUAAAACGGCCGACGCCGUCUCUCCACUAGACCCACCAGACCAGGCCAAGUUCCAGCCAACUUUUCCUCCUCCUUUCACUUCUUCUCAAUCUCUGUCUCAUUCGCAGCCAUCCUCUCUGGCUCAACCUAGAAAUCUUCUCAACAUGGCAGACCUGGAUCUCUUCACGACAAUGGCUCCUCCUGCUCCCACUUCCACUGCUGACUCCAAACUCAAUCUGUUCCCUUCAGCACCUCCAUCUCUAGUAUUGCCGAAACCUCCCAGUGUAGUGGGUGACGACUUUGGCGAUUUUGCCCUUUUUGGCUCCUCAUCAUCCUCCGAAGUAGCUCCUGCCACCUCUGUAGCAGGUAGAGGAGCCGGGACAGUGGUUCAGGACGACUUUGCGGACUUCAUGGCAUUCGGGAGCUCAAGAGAUCAGAAAAGUGAGCCCGACUCUGGAGACUGUGGCGGCGAGAGCCAGGCAGAGCCGUCCCAGCAGCGGCAACAAAUUGGCGGCGACAAGUAUGACGUCUUCAAGCAGCUUUCACUUGAAGGUGGCCUGGCCUACGACGAUAACAAAGAAAGUGGCGGGGGCUCCUUCUCGUCGCUCAAGAGUGACAAUGACGACUUUGCGGAUUUCCAGUCCUCCAAAUUCUGUACGGCGCUGGGCGCGUCUGACAAGAGCCUGGUGGACAAAGUGGCCGCCUUCAAGCAGGCCAAAGAGGACUCUGCCUCUGUGAAGUCCCUGGACCUCCCGUCCAUCGGGGGCAGUAGCGUGGGGAAGGAGGACUCAGAGGAUACACUCUCAGUACAACUAGACAUGAAGUUAUCAGACAUGGGCGGAGACCUGAAGCACGUGAUGUCUGAUAGCUCCCUAGAUCUCCCUGGUUUGUCGUCGCAUCAACCCCCAGCUGCAGAGUCUGAUGAUUUAAAAUUUGACCCCUUUGGCACAUCUGCCGUCAGCAGUCUGGGCAGCUACGACUGGUCCGACAAGGACGAUCUCCCAUCUGGUCAAGGAAAGAAGCUCCAGGGAGAGUCUCAAGGUGGACUGCCAUCUUCAGCUGUUGUCCAUAGGAAAGAGACCUCUUUCGGGAGCUCUGAGAACAUCACCCACACCACAGUUGCCAAGGUGACCACCUUCCCAAUCGAAGACGGUGGCUCCACUGCUGAAAACCGCUUCGAAGCCUUCGCUGACUUUGGCUCCAUUGAACAGGCCGGACAAGAUGACGACGACGACGACUUUGGCGACUUUGCCAGCACGGUUUCUGAGAAAUCCGACUCCCCUCCUGGAAUCGCAGAAGCGGAGAGCAACCAGGGCGAAAUGACAGAUGAGUUUGGAGCCUUCCAAGGAGACAAGCCCAAAUUUGGCAAGUCAGAUUUCUUGAAGGCCAGCACACAGGCCAAGGUCAAAUCCAGCGAAGAAAUGAUCAAGAACGAACUCGCCACCUUUGACUUGUCCGUGCAGGGUUCUCAUAAGCGUAGCCACAGUCUGGGAGAGAAAGAAAUUGUACGCUCCAUCCCCUCUCCUGCCCCUGAGCAGCCCUUCAGAGACCGCUCCAACACCCUAAAUGAAAAACCAGCGCUGCCGAUCAUCCGCGACAAGUACAAGGACCUCACAGGAGAGGUGGAGGAGAGCGAGCGAUAUGCGUACGAAUGGCAGAGGUGUUUGGAGAGCGCUCUGCAGGUCAUCAACACUGCUAAUAACACCCUUAAUAGCAUCAGCAGUUCCACAGUGUGCACAGAGGUCAUCCAGUCUGCACAGGGGACGGAGUACCUUCUAGGUGUGGUGGAGGUGUAUCGUGUAACCAAGCGUGUGGAGCUGGGUAUCAAAGCCACGGCUGUUUGUUCGGAGAAACUACAGGAGCUGCUUAAAGACAUCAGCCGUGUGUGGAACAACCUGAUGGGCUUCAUGUCGCUGGCAAACCUCACUCCCGACGAGAGCUCACUGGACUUCUCCUCCUGUAUAUUGAGGCACGGCAUUAAGAAUGCCAAAGAACUGGCGUGCGGAGUGUGUCUGCUCAACGUGGACUCGCGCAGCAAGAAGAAAAACGAGAACACUUUUGGACGCCUGUUUAAAAGAGCACUGACAAAAGACAGUCGCUCCAAAUUAAGGGCCUUUAAUUCUGAGACGGACAACUUCAAGCUCAUGUACGGAGGUCACCAGUACCACGCCAGCUGCGCUAACUUCUGGAUCAACUGCGUGGAACCCAAACCCCCGGGUCUCAUCCUGCCCGACCUGCUCUAGAACCCUGAGCCACUGCCUGUAGGAUUAUGGGAGUCACUUAACUGUUUAACGCUGUUUGCCUUUCAACCGGUACAGCUCUCGCCAUUUUAAAUUGGGAUGCAAUUAGAUCUAGAUCUGCCAUUGUCUGUAGGAAGAUCAGAUGAGAUGUACUACUGAAUAAUAGUUAUUUAAAAUAUUGUAAAUGUGUCUUUGUCUUUACCUUUUUGGAUCUGACUCGGUCAUGUACAGAUGUGUCUGGUUGGUUGAUUCUUUGCUGUUGAUUUCUCUACCAUGUGAAAUAAUUACCGCAGAGCUGUUCUGCAUGUUAUGAAUAUUAGACUUGUAAUAUAAAACAAUAAAGGGAAAACAUUGGAAAGCAUCAAAAAUUUGUAGCAGAUAUUACUGAAAUAUAUUUCAAUAUUGGUAUUUUCUUUUGUGUGUCAUUGUUUUCUGUUAUAAUUGUGCUGGAACACAAGUCACUUUUGUAGUGGGUCUGGAAACGGUCCUUGAAUGCUUGAGUUUCUGAGCAUCUUCUAAAGCAUCAAGCCUGGGCGCUGUUCUGAAAUGUUUUGAUAUUUAGUGUUCUGAAUUUAGAUGUGACGCUUUUAAAGGACUUUGUUGUGCGACACUUUGAAGAAAAUUUAAAAGUCGGGGGAUGUAAGAAAUAAAGUCAAGCCUUUUCCCUCUUCUUCCAACUCAAGCAGAAUGACCCUAAACUUUCAUAAUGAGUUAACUUUUAAUUGAGGCACUAUUAAUGAAUUGAUGAGGAUACAAAAUAGAUUAAAUUGCUUUGUACAUGAUGGUCAUUGUUGGUGUUUUACUGGGGUCUUAAUGGUUUUUUAAUGGUCUUUAUUGUCAUUGUAUCAUGAAUUCAACUCAUUCAUUAUUAUUAAUUUAUGAGCCUUUUCUACUAAACUUAUUUUGUGUGUCCUUUUAUGUCUGUAUUUCUGUUAAUACUUGAAGCCUGCAAGGGUAAAUUAAAAUCUUUGAAUGUUAGUAUUGAAUACAAAUGUGAAAUUUCUGUGCCACACAUUAAAGUGAUUACUCUGC